AUGGACCCCUUCAUAAAACUACCCCCUGAGCUCAUUGCAAAAGUUCUUGUUUAUACUGCAGAUUUCUCUGCGGUAGGGAGCAUUAUUUCCGCGUCGCCUCGAGUCAAUACAGUCUUUCGGGCUCAGCCUACUAUAAUACGCAACCUGCUAUUAUGUGACCCCAUUGCAAUCCUCCCGGAGAUCCAAAACAUGUGCCACAAUAUCAGCCUAAUCCAGACACGUUCAGCUGAAUUUCCAAGCGUCGUCGACUAUCAACAGAGAUGCGAGAAUCCGCCACCUAUCGAGUAUACAGAAGAGCUCUCAAUCUUCAUACUUCACCUAGCCGCACGAACCCAGCGGCUAGCUUGCGCCUGCCUCACCCUGAUUCAGCAAAACUUUGUCUCGGCUCUAACUGGGAUCCCCGCCGGUGACAUCUCAGCCUCUGACCGGGUGAAGAUCGCCUGCGAGCCCUUUUCGUUCGCAGAGGAAUACCGCGUAUACUCCUCCCUUUGGCACCUCCAGCACUAUGCCUCCCUCCGCGAAGCAGCAACAGAGCGUUGGCACUGGGACGAAAUAUCCAUGCAUGGCUUACAUGCUUACAACAAAUGGAACGACACGGAUUUCCGGAGAGCCGAAAAGAUGUGGACCACUGCCGCCUUGCUUUCUGAUCUCGGCCUGAGCCCAAUAUACGGGCACCACCCCUUCCAAGACCAGGAGAGAUUCCUAGCCCAGGACCCAGAAGGGGAGGAGUCCUCGCGCGCAGCCUGGACUUUCCCAGAGGAGACGCCGCUCCCGUUCUUCCGGUCCUUCGACCUGCCUCCAGGACGGGAUAUGACCAGAUCCUACUCGCUGAUCUGGACUCCGCCCUCGCCUCCGCCAGACACCGAAGUAAACAAAGCCUGGGCCCUGAGGGCCGAGUCCCGCCCAUGGCUACCGAGACAUGUGGGGGAGUUUCGGCGCGCAAGCACACUUGCUAGUCUUGAGCGCGUACCAUGCUCUUAUCACUUUGUGGCGUUUAAGCGAUGGCGACGGCUGGGGCUGGUCAUCUGGGAUGCGUGGCGCGUAUAUCGCCUUGGGCUGUUUGAAGGAGUCCCUCGGAGACCUGGCGAAGUAAUACCAACUCCCGAGGGGGGACACCUGACUGUGAUACCUGACGAUCCCGGGGAAAGGGAACAGCAGCUCCUACGAGUUAAUUAUGUGUCACGGUGGUUGGCACUUAUCGGAGAAUCUAAGUGA